AUGUCUUCUCUAGAGCCUAAGAAGGAAGGAGACGGACUCUCAGUAAACCCUUUGGUGGCGAUCAACUACAUCUUCUAUCUUGGCUUCCCUCCCCAGUACAUUGCCGACGCCGUCGAGGAGAACCUCUACUUCCUUUCCGGACCUACCCCCAACGAGAUGACAGAGCAAUACUCAGCCACCGUCGGUCUUCCUCAGCCAAUGCCGGAGUGGUCUUUCAGGUUCCACCUCUGUCGAUGGGGCUACACCUCUGCGAACGAGACGCUAUCAGUGAUCAAUCGAAUGAGGGACGCGGGUAUCCCUCUCAAGACACAAGUCCUUGGUGGGAGGGAUGUGGUCUUUUCCAGUACAGAUUGUGCGUGUAUGCAAUAA